GCCGGAGAGGCGCCGUCCCCUCCGGUUUCCAGGGGGGACGAGGCGAGCCCGGCGGCCGGCCGGAUGGGCUCCGGGAGGAUUGGCCGUGUCCCCUCAUCGCGGUGACCUGAAGGCGCUCGCUCCUCGCUCCCCCCAGAUGGCGUCCGCGCUGCCGCCGACGGCCGACGCUCAGGGAGGACUGUUUGAAGAUCUGGAUGUGUAUUUUUCUCAAGAGGAAUGUGUGAGUCUGCACCCUACCCAGAGGACCUUCAGCAGAGAGGCCACACAGGAGAGUUCUGAGGGUUUGGACUUGGGUGGGGAAAGCAAGACCGAGAUUAAUCAGCAGUCAAGCCUAGAAUCUAUGGAACUUGAAGAGAAUUCCCUAGAAAAAUGUUCCACUGCUGCACCCCUUGCCCAUUACCCAGAAAAAUCUUCUGAGGAUGGUGUUGGAAUCCCUGAAAUGAAUGUAUCAGAUGGGACUUUCGCUUGCAAGGAAAAGCUUGUAAGCCUCUUAGUUACCAUUAAAAACCAAACGCCAUUAGCAGAACUAUCUCAGUGUUUUAAAGUCCAAACACUUUCUGAAAUUCUUGAAGUUCCCUGGGAAGAAGCCAAAAAUGUGUACAAGUGUUCUGACUGUGACCAGAGCUUCAGUGAUAAUACAUACCUUGUUUUGCAUCAAAAAAUUCAUUCAAGAGAGAAAAAAUAUAAAUGUGACGACUGUGGGAAGACCUUCAGUCAUAAUGCCAACCUGAGGACACAUAGGAGAAUCCACACUGGAGAAAAGCCUUACACAUGUUCUUUGUGCGCUACCAGCUUCCGCCAGCAGUCACACCUGUCCCGGCACAUGAAUAGCCAUGCGAAGGAGAAAUUAUAUACAUGUAACAUAUGCAAGAGAGGUUUUAUGUGGCUUCCUGGCUUGGCAGAGCAUCAAAAGAGUCACGUUCCUACAAGAAUGUAUGAAUAUGCUAACAGUGGGAAUUUUUUUGGUCAAGAAACCAGUCUGAGUGUGCCCAAGAAAACAAGCCCGUCAGACACUCCACAGCAGCACACUGAGUAUGUGAAGAGUUUCGAGCAGCCCUCAUACCCUACCCUCCCUGAGAGGGGCCACAAGGACUCUGAACACUGCAGUACUGAUGAGGAAAAAUUUUUUUCAUUCUCUAGAUUCAAACCUUUACAAUGUCCUGAGUGUGACAUGACUUUUUCUUGUUUCUCCGAGCUCGUUUCUCAUCAGAACAUUCAUGUUGUGGAAAAGCCCUAUAAAUGUAAAACGUGUGAAAAGACGUUUGCUGUGGAUUCAGAACUUGUGUGCCACCAGAAGAGCCACACAAGAGAAGAGCCUUUUAAAUGCACCGUGUGUGGGAAGAGCUUCAGAGUGAAUAUGCAGCUCAUCACUCAUAAGCGGACCCACAGGAAAAACACCAACUAAGUACAAGUUUUUGUUAAUGCUUGGGCCUUUCUAUAUCAGUACAAUUUGUGUAGCAGGCACUGUGCUAAGUAAGCACUUCACACACAUUCCAUGUAAUACUUAGUUCCCACUACAACCAAGACUUUGGCAGUAUUUCUUAAUUCUGGUUAGAACUAAGGAAGCGUAACUACCUAGCUAGUGCAUGAAGCCAGGAUUUGAACCCAGUUACUGAUACUCUGUUGUUUGAGCCAUAGAAACAUAUGAAACUUGUUUAAAAUUCAGUUUUCAUUGAAAUGAAAGCUAGUGUUAAUAUUCCUUUUUAUGUGGUUUCUAGGAAUAUUUUAGAUGGAAAGUUUAUUAUUUUUUUUGCCAGUUCUGCAUAUGUACUAUAUAGGAAAGUGAAUUUUUGUAAUAUCUUUUUAUACGUACCCUGUUAUAACUUGCAGUGCAACUUUUGUAUGAGAUUUUGGUUUUAUAUGUGAAUUUCCAGAGGUGUUUAGGAUUUACUCCAUAUAUAGUUCUAUAUGGAUGGACUAAUAAUUUUUUUUCUUGCCUUUUUCUUUUUCUUUUUGAGAGACAGUCAGACUUGCUAUAUAGCCCGGGCUGUUCUUGAAAUCACCAUCUACCUCCCAAGUUCUUGGAUCACUGGCAUGUACCACCAACCAAGCUAGUUAUCUUGAUGACAGUAUCUGUGGAGCUCCCAUGUUCAAACUCAUAGCAGGGGCAAAUUUUGGCAUUUGUGGCUAAAUACUUAGUAGCUUAUUUAUAGCCCUUUUCUGGAAAUAAACUUGUAAAGAAAGUACCUGCUCCUCUCAAAGUGGAACAACCUCCAGGUCUCCACUGAAAUGCAUUGUCUGACUUGUUACGAAUAAUGGCUGUUUUUAGUGAGCAUGCUAGAUAUUUUGGGUGUAUUAUUUCAUUUAAUCUUCAGGAUAAAUCUUUGACAGAGAAAGGAUGUUCAUGUUUUGUAAAUAAACAGAAGCUCUCAUAGGGUAAAGUCAGUAUUUUGCCAGGCUUAAAAAACAUCACAUUGUAAUAAAGCUGGAACUUAAAUUUAGGUGUCUUCUAAUUUUGAAGGCCACACAGUUUUGCAACAGUGUGUUAUUUGUUGGCAUUUGUACCACAUGUUAGCAGUGUUAAGAGACAGGGAAGCUAAAACAAGAAGGGGAAAAUGGUCUCAUGGAGGCUGCCCUGGUACUUGCAUGCAGAGCACCUUUAUGACCUUGACUUUUAUCCAAAGCCUGACUCCCUUCCACAUUCCCUUACAGACCAACAGAAGACCCUAGCACAUCCCGUCUGAACUCCCGCUCCUAAAAUCAGAUCAGAUACUUAAAGUCCUACAUAGUCAUCCUGAAGGUUCUAACUGGGCUUUUGUUUAUAAAAAUUAUAAUAUUUUCUCUAAACCUCUAAAGAAAAAUAUUUUUGUUAGCAUAUAGAUCUUUAGGUACCACUAUGAUAUAAAUGCAAAACAUUGUUAUGUAGUAUGGUUACUAUUGUUAAAGAACCAGAAGAAGUUAUAAAGUGUAUAUUCAUUUACUAUACCUGAUUAUGUAUCUGUCAGCAAAACCAAUUUAUACUGUCUUCUGGUUGGUUUGUAAAUUUGGUCUUGGUAUAUGUAAACAGACUAUACAAGGACAGUUUUUACUAAGAUGGAAUUAGUGUUGGGGAAAUUUCAUGAGCAAAAAUAAAGCCCUCUUGAGGACCAUUUGGAUGUAAAGUAGUACCUGGAAGAUGGUCCUUUCAUAGAACAGCAGGUUGAGAACUUUCAUACAACAGGGUGCCAGCUGCUGCAGUUCAGUUCUUACCACUGACCAAAGGCAGACAGGUAACUUGCUGAGUGAGAAAACGGAAAUAAACAGCCUUACCCCAAGUGGCCAACUCCCCAUCCUUUUUCAUUAUUGUCUUGUUUCUUAUUUGCAGAUCCACAGUUUAAACACUUGGCUGUCACCUCCCUAAUCCCAUAUGUUUAAAAUACAGAACACUAGUCUGUCAAGGAUUCAAAGUCUUAAAAAUGAGGCCUUCUGGUCUUCACAUCAGCGCUCUAAGAUGCUUUAAAUUGUAUAGAAAGAUUGUCUCCUCUUAGAUUUCUCUGAGUGGAGUAUGAUCUUUGUUGAUUAGUAACAAGAGCAUCAUUUUCCUGCUCCUUUUCUGCUCUCAGUGGGAGAAACUGGCAUGGUUCUUCAUAGACUAGUAUUUCGGCUGAAAACUGAAUGAGUAAGUUGUGUGGUGGGAAUGAUAUUGGAAACAAGGCUCCUACUAGCAGAGUUGCUACUGAAAAGUAACAAGGAAUACAUCAGAAGACAGAAAUGUGGCUGGCACAAAAGACAGAAGUUGUCGUUUCUCUUGUUUUUAAGACAAUACAGAAGAGUGAGAAUUGAUGCCACAAGUCCUACUAUGGAAUUUCACCUUUCUAGUGUGACUUUGUUCACAGUUUACAUCUCAGUUUUUGCAGUUUUCUGCAUUCUCUAGAUUUUGAAAGAUUAUGCCAAACAUCCAUAAAGAUUGGAAAACUAGCACUUUAACAAAAACAUUAAUAUUUGUGAGAGUAAUUACUUGUCUUUUGGUGUAAAAUUGCUGAUGAUUAGUAUGCAGGGGAGAAACCCUGAAUGUUAACUACUGUGAAAUAGACAGAUUUUUGUUGCCUUAUUGCACACUUUUACCUAAAAAUGUUAAGUUGGAUGUUAUUCAAGCUGCUCUGACCAUAGAGAAAUGAAGGAUGAGGUGUGUCUGCCAGUGAUAUUUAGGCUGCUUUAAUGAUAAUGGCUUUUUCACCCUCUAUGUUGUCAGCUAAUGUAGCCUAUAAAAAUUUUAUUAACAGUGGUAUUAUCCUGUUAUCCAUGUUAGGUGCUGUUAACAAAUACUGGAUAAAGUUAAUACAGGGAUGAAAAUCUAAAUGUAAGAAUUUAGUCCUGUAAAGAAGUAGUUAACUAUAUUUUUCGCAGAAUGAGUGUUGACACUGAAGAGUGAAAACUUCGUGUUAAAGAAAUUUAACUAGGCAUACCUCUUAGUUUUUGCUGUUGAUGCAGUGAUAAAAAUGCCUAUCAGACAGUUCCUUAACAUGGUUUCUGGAAUACCAGGUCCUGUCAAACUGUCAUCUAUGAAAAUGACAUUUCCCCAAUGGAAUUCAAAUACUAAUAUUUGCACUUUUUAAUUUAAGAAAUGUUGGAUUUUGUUGUUGAGGGAGUUGAACUCAGAGUAGUUUUGUCCAGAGUUCUGUUGCUAUAAAUAAUCUAUUCAUGUCUCCCUGUGUAGCACUGAAAAUUACUAACUAAUUGAGGGAGUUAAAAUGUCAUUUUUGCAUCUUUUGACUACUGAGGCUCCAUAUAGUUGAGUACCAGUGUUCUGAGGACUGUAGCAUAGGAUGAAACUGUACAUUUUACUGAAAAUAAUCUGUAACUUUUAUAUGUAUGUGUUCAAAGGAAGAUACCUUAUAGCUUAUAUGAAUAAGAACUAGGUUGAAUGUUUAUUAAACUCCCACUGUCCAUGUAGGAUCUCAGAAAAUACUUUUGCUUUGACCAUUUGUUUAGGUAAAUGAUCUUUUUUAUUAAGACUUAGUAUGUUUUAGUCUUGUAUUCUAGGAGAGCUAUUGAUCUGAUAUAAAAAUGAUUAUUACUCAUCUUUUCCAAAACCAGUCUGACUACAGGUGUUUUGUCUUUAUCUUUCAGUUUAGAUCCCUCUCUGCAUGGAGUCAGGGAAAAAGUGGAUACAAUAUAAAUUUCAUUUCUAUAAACCUAAGACUAUGCUACAAUGUGUAGUUAUUUCCAUACCUAAGUAGUAUGCUUUCUGUAUGCACUUCUUUAUUUGUUUAAACGUUUUUACUGUUUUGAUGCAUUUUCAUUGGUCUUACCUUUAGAUUGCAUUCUGUCAACAGACAGUGAUUAUGUCUAGCUGAUGUGCAAUUUCUCAUCUAAUAAAUGUUAUUUUAUGACGAUG